AUGCCCGUCGACCCCUUCGCCAACUGCAACUUCUCCCUCAACGACACCUCCACCUGCACCCUCGACACCUGCUGCCUCGCCCAAUCCUCCUUCCUCUACAUCCCCACCUACGGCGGCAACCUCUUCUUCACCAUCUUCUUCGCCCUCUUCGUCCUGCCCCAACUCGGCCUCGGCUGGUGGUACAAAACAUGGGGCUUCGGCAUCGCCAUGGCCGCUGGCCUCAUCCUCGAAGUCAUCGGAUACGCGUCGAGACUCAUGCUCCACGAUAACCCCUUCGACGGCAACGCCUUCCUCAUCUACCUCAUCACGCUCACCAUCGCGCCCGUCUUCAUCAGCGCAGCCAUAUAUCUCUGCUUAACGAGGAUGAUGGUGCUGCAAGGCGCGCACCUCGCGCGAGUGCAACCGCGCUGGAUCGCCAUCGGCUUCAUGACAUCCGACUUCAUCUCUCUCUUAUUACAAGCCAUCGGCGGCGCCAUCGCGGACACGGCCGAUGACCAUGAUACCUCGCAGGUCGGCAUCGACAUCAUGAUAGCGGGACUCUUCCUGCAAGCCCUGUCCCUCGCGGCUUUCAUCGCCGUCUUUGCCGACUUCAGCUGGGCGUGUCGCAGAGGCGUGCUCGAUAUGGACCCGGAGAAGCAGCGGAUUCGCAACUCGGCGCUGUUCAAACUCUUCACCGCCUCGCUCCUUCUCGCAGCCGUCGUGGUGCUGAUCCGGUCCAUCUUCCGCGUGGUGGAGUUGUGGCAGGGAUUCGAAGGCGAGCUCUGGAACAACGAGACGGAUUUCAUGAUCCUGGAUGGCGCGAUGAUUGCGAUUGCCGUCAUUUGUCUGACGGGCAUGCAUCCCGGCUUUGCGUUCGGGAGGGGCAUGUGGGUGGCGGCGAAUUGGACUUUCAAGACGAGGAAGGAUGGGGCGGGGUAUGAGAUGAAGGGCGCGGAGAGGGGGAUGGAUAGUCGGUCGGGGAUUGUGUCGACGGAGGAGAACUCUUGA